AUUCGUGGUUAUCAUUCUUGCUUUCUUUCACUCGAUUCUCGUUCUCUUUUUCUCGUAAUUAGGGUUAGGGUUCCAAGAUCUAGGGUUAGGGUUUGCAGCGAUGUCGAGCUUUAGCGGAGAUGAGACUGCUCCCUUCUUCGGUUUCCUUGGCGCUGCCGCUGCGCUUGUCUUCUCCUGCAUGGGAGCGGCGUAUGGAACGGCGAAGAGUGGAGUGGGCGUGGCAUCAAUGGGGGUGAUGAGGCCGGAGCUCGUCAUGAAGUCGAUUGUGCCUGUUGUCAUGGCGGGAGUGCUUGGGAUCUACGGGCUUAUCAUCGCUGUUAUCAUCAGUACUGGAAUCAAUCCAAAGGCAAAAUCAUACUACCUGUUUGAUGGAUAUGCGCAUCUCUCGUCUGGGCUUGCUUGCGGUCUUGCUGGACUCUCGGCAGGCAUGGCCAUCGGCAUUGUUGGUGAUGCUGGCGUUCGGGCCAAUGCACAGCAGCCAAAGCUAUUUGUUGGCAUGAUUCUCAUCCUCAUUUUUGCAGAAGCUCUUGCUCUGUACGGCCUCAUCGUAGACAUUAUUCUUUCAUCUCGGGCUGGGCAAUCUCGGGCGGACUAAGCGAAACAAGUCAUCCGAUGGCAAACAUGAACUUGUACCAACUUUCUGUUCAUCAUAUUCAUAAUUUUGCUGUGAUUUAUUACAUAUUACAAGAUAGACAAACAUGUUAAGUCUUGAAUAUUUACUUGAGAUUUGCUCAUAUACUCUCCUUUUUGGGGAGUGACUUUGUAUGGCACUUGUAUUUUCCAUAAGCAAAUUAGCCAUUGUCUUCUA